AUGUUCAAGAAGGCCAGCCUCUGCAAUCAUGGUGGCAUACAGCUCCUGAGCUCGUCUAUCUCGGCUUUGCCACCCACUCGAGUGAGCUUUCAAGCGUCUUGUUUUACUCGAUCACCAUUGAGAUCUGAUCGAGGCUACGCGACAGCCUCGGAUUCUUCGGAAAACCCCUACCAGUGGCCGUCGAGCUCGUCUUUUACUCCCUAUGACGUUCUCAACCUUCGUCGCAAUGCCCCGUAUUCUAAGGCUCAGUACUACGAUCUUGUAAAAAUCUAUCAUCCCGAUCGAUCCUGCGACGAGCAUCCUCUUUGUCGAAAUAUCAGUCCUGAAGUUCGUCUCCAACGGUACCGCAUCGUGGUGACUGCGCAUGAGAUUCUUUCGGAUCCCGCACGGCGAGCCGCUUAUGACCAAACCGGUGCCGGUUGGAGUCAUCAUCCUCAACGCUAUAGCACUGCAGCCGAAGCUGCGCAUGCCUGGGGCCCUUAUGGGUCGACAAUCUAUGCCAAUGCGACCUGGGAAGACUGGGAACGAUUCAACAAUCGCCAUCAUGGCAAACAGCAACAUGUCGUGGAUCAGCGAACUUUUACCCGGCUGGUCGUCCUUCUUGUCCUGUUUGGAGGCGCUGUCCAGGCCUCGUGGAUUGGUCAAAUGAAUUCCGGAUACGAGAAGCGACUCCGUGAAGUGAGCGAAGAUUCUAUGCGCUUUUUGUCGGGUCGUCGUCAGCAGACGGUCACUCAGAUGCCGCAUAACGAUGCUCGUGUGCAGACUUUCUUGAUUCGUAGAGACCCGACCGGCUCCGGUCUUAAAGAAGAGGAGCAAGAGGUUUAUGAACACGAGCUGCACUCCCUUCGACGAGCGCAAAGUCGCCCGUCCAAUGCACAUGAGUCGGAGACUUCAACCCCCGUCGACAAUCUGGCAAACGUCACACCUAUGGCGACGAGGAGACCCGACGCCCACCCGGUAGAAAGCUGA